CUCCAGGCAGCUCAGCAAGAUGGCUGCGUUCCUGCGAGCUCGUAAAUAUGUUCGUUCUGUCGUCCGCUUCUCCGACCGUGAACUGUAACCGGCCCCGUUGAGCGCUUAGGACGAGUAUAAAGGGAGACCUACUGGCCAGCCUGUCAUGGCCGACGACAAUGCAGAUAUUGGAGGUACCUUAGAUGAGGAGGAUGAGAAUUCAGAUGACCCAAACCGGCUGGAGCUAAAUGCCUUCCGAGCUCAGUGGAUGUCUGAACUUAAACCAAGUUCAGGAGCAGGUGGAGUGAAUGGCCGACUGCAGCAGGGUAAAGGUCUGAAGAGGACUCAAGACUCUGUCCGGGAGGAAAAAGCCACAGAGCUGUUCCUGAGAGCUGUUCAGGAGGAGCAAAAUGGAGCUGUCUAUGAGGCUAUCAAGUUCUACCGCAUGGCUAUGCAGCUAGUUCCUGACAUUGAAUUCAAAAUCAACUACAGCCGUCCUCCUGAUGCAGACCGAGCAGGAGGAAAAUACAGGGAGGACAAUGAUGCUGAUGGUGAGAUUGAGGAUCUUCUUGCUUACUUUGAGCAGCAGCUGACUCUGGAGAGCGCCUUUCCAAAGAUCUGCACCGCCGAGCUUGAAAUUACUCCAGUGCACAUUUCAGCAUUGCCACGAGAAAUCCUGAUGUACAUUUUCCGCUGGGUUGUGUCAAGUGAUCUGGACAUGCGAGCACUGGAGCAGCUCUCUUUGGUGUCCCGCGGGUUUUACAUUUGUGCAAGGGAUCCUGAGAUUUGGCGAUCGGCUUGUUUAAGAGUGUGGGGACGGAACUGCACCAAACUUGCACCCUACAAGUCCUGGAGGGAGAUGUUUCUGCAGAGGCCGCGUGUUCGUUUUGAUGGUGUUUAUAUCAGCAAGACAUCAUACAUUCGUCAAGGGGAAGAGUCACUGGAUGGUUUCUACAGAGCUUGGCACCAUGUUGAGUAUUACAGGUACCUCCGUUUCUUCCCCGAUGGCCACGUCCUCAUGGUUACCACCCCUGAGGACCCUUUGUAUGUGGUCCCUCGCUUGCACGCUAGAAACCCCAGAAUGGACUCUGUUAUGUUCGGUCACUUUCGUCUGUCACAGGAUGCAGACAACCAAACCAAAGUUUUUGUUGUUGUCUGCAAGAAAAAGGAGGAGAAAGCAGCCGAGUUUCAAAGGAGUCGGUUCUGCAGGCGGAUCCCAGCUCCGGAGGUCGAGCACAGCUUCCAUGUGGGACUGCAUCUGUCCUCCAGAGGGCGUCAGAGCUUCAGUAAGCUUGUGUGGAUCCACCACUCCUGCCACAUCACUUACAAGCUAUCUGGGGAAACCGUCAUUACCACAUUCGAUCUGGACAAGAUGUACACACCCUUCUUCUUUGCACGAGUUAAGAGUUACACUGCAUUCUCAGAGCGGCCUCUGUAAGCAGCAGAGUCACGAUCACAGAAGACGCUGAUUCACCAAUUAGUAAAUGCAUAUCCCUCAGUUUAAUUCAUGCUGUAGCAGGAUUGUGGUGUCAUUCUUAAAGCCCUAAUGUUUCCUACACGCAGGCAUGUUUUGGGUUGGCUUAUUCGCAUACUACUUAUUUUCUGAUAAUCAGAAAUGACUAUAAUUUGCUGCAAGCUGAUUAGCGAUCCUCCCUACAUGUUCCAAGCGAUGAAUGUUCAUACUUAUUGUUUCAUGGUGCACUUUCUUCCUCAAAUAAAAGGUGAUGGGAAAAAAUCA